AUGUCAAACAUUUACAGUUCACCACUUGAAAGCACGCCUAACGCGCGUGAGUAUAUUGACAUUAUGGUCGAGAUACGCAAGUUUACCUCCGACUUUGAAGAGUACACGCCCACUAUAGUGGCGUUCGGUGAUCAGAGCUCUGGUAAGAGCUCUCUGAUACAACGGCUGACCGGCGGAAUACCUGUGCCGAGGGGGAAUGGUCGAUGCACAGCGACACCAUUCGAAAUCCGAAUGUUACAGACCGAAACUCCCAUGCGAAGAAUUUCCCUCCGCUAUGUCGAGGAUAGUCUACAAUCGAGGAUCCCUUCGCGCGAAAUCGAAUUCGCUGAUAUACUAGGUCUGGAGGAUGAUGCCAUUGAAGCGAAGCUUCGAGAGGCACAACGAUAUCUUCAGAAUCCAAGUAUUCGAGAUGUUCACGCAACGAACCUGCCAAAUAAUGAUCAUGAUGAGCUGAAGUUCACGAAAAAUACUGUUUGUGUUACAAUUGGGCAUCCUAACAUCAAAUAUUCUUUGGAUAUGGUGGAUUUGCCAGGGAUUGUCCGUGAUGUGGAAGAAAACGAGACAUUCGUGGUUAAUCUCGUUAAAGAAUACAUCACAAAGGAGAAUUCCAUACUCCUACCAAUUUUUGCAGCAACUGCGGAUAUUGCUACUCAAAGUGCGUGGCGCUUAGCUCAAGAGGCAGAUCCGUUGGGAUUGCGAACUGUUGGGAUCAUCACUAAAAUCGAUCAAAUACUUGACUUCUCGUACCAUGAGAGCAGACACAGGGAACUUGCCGCUUUGGUUAAUGGGAGAGGUGAGCACACCUUGAAAAAUGGAAUGUACAUCAUUCGAAAUCCGUCUGACGCAACAAGUGAAAGAGGCACCAAUCCCGAGAAUCUAGAGAACGCGGCAAUAAAUAAUUUGCUGCAGAAUCGAGUUUGGAGAACUGUUCCCCGAAGUAGACCAUUUCUGGAACAGAGAAAGACCGAGCUCGAAGAGAAGCUAGAAUCAUUGCCGCCACCGCCAGAGGAUAAUCCCAUCUACCGAUUCAUGGAACUCAUUGGCAAGUUCGAUAAAGAAUUUUCGAGUCACGCCAACUCUGAACAUCAUGAGCCCCGUCUGUAUAGAGGUCAACAAUGGAAUUUCGGACAAUUUGACCUGGCACUCCUAAAUACCCGACCGGUCUACAAUUUGUCAUUUAGAAAUUCAUUUUCCUCGGAAUAUUUUGAUCCGAUAAAACAGGGGUCACUGCAAUUUUCCGGAUGGACGGAAGGAAUACGCAACGAAAUUGAUGCAGAUGAGUGGGGCAUGAAUGAGCGUGGUCCGGAUGGUCAAUACACGUGGACUUUAGAGCAACUCAGCGAGGUCAUCCAGAGAGCUCAGGGCGGACAACUGGUGGGCUACUUUCCUUUCAAGUCCGUGGUUAACAUCGUUGGAAAACAUCAAAAAGAAUGGUUCAAGAUUUCUCAAAAGUUGAUGGAAAAGAAUUACGAAUGGGUCUCUAGUUUUACGGAUGAAUUGGUUGAAAAAGAGUUUCUGGAAUUCCCCAAUGCCGUGGAUGAGAUCAAACGAGUCUUAAAAGACCUACUCAAACAGUGUAAAGAAGACACAUUGAGACAACUUCGAGAUAUCGAAGAUAUGGAACAUAUGUCUUCUAGUCGAGCUUUAUAUGUGACCGACGAAGCGACCCUUCUUAAAAAACAAUCCAAAUAUUUUAUCCAACUGCGCAUAUUAUGUGCAUUGUCCGUCGAAGACCAAGAACGAUCGAGAGCAAUAUUAGAAUUCGGUUCCAAGUUAUUCGAGAUGAUGCAGGACGCUAGUACGCCAAAUGAAACAUUUGAAAACUGCAAAUCUCUUUUGGUAGAAGAGAUUAAAGCGCUAGGUUCGCAGGGUGAUGCAACUCAUCAAUUAAUUGAGGAAAUUCGGAGUGCGAGGAUUGCGGAGGAGAAUGUUUCGACGGCGACACUAUCCAUGAUGUUGGCGGUAAAGAACUCAGAUCAUUUUAGGAUGUUGAAUGGUGAAAUUGAAAAUGAAGACGAAACACAAUUACCGGAUCUUAACGGGUUGUUAGGCGAGGAUCCGGAGAACGUGAGAAAACGCGAAGAGUGGAAGACUGAUCUUGUAUCAUUGAACAGAAUUAUAAAUAUGGUCAAGAGAGUGAGCAGAGGCGGCUGA